GGUCACGUGGUUUUACAUCCACGUUUGGCGCUGAUGCUAGUUUGAGUCAAAUUGAAAUACAUUGGUCGCACGAAAAAGGCCGCGAUGCUCGCUCUCGGGUUCCUCUCCGAUAUCACACGUCGUGAGGGGAAGAUCAGGAGAGACGCGGCGACGACGGUAAGGCUAGACGAUGACGACGGCGAGUGGGGGACAAAGGGGGAGAUGGAGAAACGAGAGAAGAAGGAACGAACGAGAGCGAAGGGGUCGUCGGUAGGACUGGUGCCGCGGCGGUCGGAGUACUCGGAGUGCCGAGAGUGCCGAGAGUGUCAGUCAGGCUCGAGACACCCGCGCGAACGCAGCGAGAGAGCGAGAGGCGGCGUGGUCCGGCUGGUUUUACCCUCCCCUUCUUCGUGCGUUCUUCGUGCGGAUGCGACGAAGCCCCCUCCUCCGGCGCCCUACACCCACUCAGGCGAGAGGUAGUGAUCUCCCGUUCUGUUACGGAGCAGUGUCGCGCGGAGUGUCGUACGGAAUAGGUUAGAGCGCGCGGAAGAGAAAGAGAGUAGGAGAGAAGCAGCGGCUGUCGCCGGUGUCGUCCGGAUAACGUUCCUCGUUGUCACAACCACCCUCCACCGUAGCACGCGUCUCCGUAUCUUCAUCCGCAUCUCGACCUUGUGCUCGCGACAACCACGACAACCACGACGACGACGAGGCGGCGAUUCUUGUGAGCUACACCGAAGGCCGAGUGUGUGUCCACGGUGUGAUCGCACGAGGGACCACGAUGGCGGAGGUGGCGACAAAGAAAUCGAUCAAUGUAGUAAGUAACAAGAAGAGCGAAGUGUGCGGUGUUCAGUCUAACAACGGUUUGAUUGAUUUGGAUGGUCUAACCGCGAGUAACACCCAACUAAUCUCGUUGUGCGACGACGACGACGACGAUCUCGUACUCACGAACAAUACGCGUAACGAGCUCGAGAGCGACGACAAGAGUCUGCAGGAGCUGAUAGAGAGCGAGCUGGCGCUGAGGAUCUGCUCGAGCAAGAACGACGCCGAGGCCGUCGAGGAGACCGAGAACGUCGUCGCCCAGCCGGAAACGAUCAAGAGGAUCGUUCUCGAUCGCCGACAGGAUCCCGUCGACAUUAACACAGAGUUCAUAGCGGCCGAGAGCGAGCACUAUUCGCUGAUUGAGGAACCGUACGGCCACCGGAACGGCCACGCGUGUUCGUACGUCGACGUGAAACCGGAACCGGUGCGCUUCCACGACGAGGAGGAGGAUCAGGCGUUCAUCGAGCAGCCGGAACCCGGCGCGGCGCCGGUGGUCAUUCAGAAAACGAACGAGGGCGACGAUCAGGAGUCGAGCCGCGACGAAGCGACUGUCGACGUCGGCAACGAUAGCGAGGAGUGUCGGACGGUCAGUAAGGAAACCGUAGUGCCUCCCACGGACGAUCCGGACAGUGUCGAUACGAACGAUCUCGUAGACGGGUCGAGUUCCCAGUCUUUUCCGAUUCCAGUGAGUUGCCCGGUGGACAAAUACCAACGGGAGGAGGAACUGAUACAGAAGAUGCCGGACGACGUGGAUCUCCUUCGCGGCAUCGACGUCGAGCAGGAAAGGAGGAGCGCGGACGUCGACAUUCCGGACACCUGGACCGAACAGGCGCCACUUUUGGGAGGUCAGCAGCAGGCCGAUCAGUUCCCCGACAACUUUGACGUCACGCAGGAUCGAGCCCUCGAAGGGCAGAAAUGCUCACCGACGAAUGAAGAGUCUUCCACGAACAAACGUAUCGAACAUACGCUUAACGAUUCCUACGGAGAUAUUCGUGCCGAGGAGAUCCCAGCGUCGCUGAUCCGCCAGGACAAGUCGUCACCCUCCGAAACGCUCGAAGAGGCCGACUCGAAGCUGGAGGACACCUCUCGUCUCUCCGACGACGGCGUUAGCCCGUCCGAGAUGUCCGCGGAGACGGCCAGCACGCAGGAGUUCCUCGACACGGAACGUCGCGUGCUGAACGAGGAGGCGACCGAACAGGAGGCCGCGCCGCGGAUCGUGGUGGACUCGUCGGAGGCCGCCGAGUCGCAGGCAACGCCGGAAUCGAUUCCGGAGAACGAAUUGUCACCGGAGUGUCCCGUCGUAGGGGGAGACCUGGUGCAAAACCCGGCGGACGAGUCCUCGAGCGAACUCUCGGCGUCGGACUCGACCUUCAUCGAAAAAACCGAGGUCCUCGUGUCGGACACGAACGUGACGAUCCUGCCGGAGACGAGGCGGCUCGUCGCCGGGCAGCAGAUCGGAAAUCUCGACUCCUGGACCACGGUCGAGGAGGCCACGAGAUCGGCCUCCGACGGGGUCGAGGAGCAACGGAGGGACACGCCGGUUAACGACGCGACGAGGGACGAUAAUGAGAAACGGCAAGACGAUUGUCUCGCACCCUCGUCUCCCCGCGCGCCCCUGGCCACUCCGGACGAGACGGAGACGAGCGAUGUUUCUAACGCCUGUGACAGCGAGAGUCGCGAGGAAACAGUGACCACCAGUUCCAGCGUGACCUCCUCGAAGGUUGGGAUCAAGACGAAGAAGAAGAAGAUCGAGGGCGUCGCUGGUAACGAUGCCACCUCGCCGAACCUUACGCCGCGCACAAAGAAAACCAAGAAGAGCAAGAAAAGCGAUCUCGAGAAGGAGAACAUCUCCGUGAACUGUAGCUUACGAGACGCAAGCAUGCAUACGGGCACUCGGCGGUCGCAUUCGGAGAUGAUUGAUUUUUCCGACGAGGACGAUUUAUCGAACGUCAAUGUUAAGUCACUGACACAGAACUAUGUCUCGGAGACGAGUCGUAGCGAUCAGGAGAAGCUGUGCAAGGAACGGAUUGCGACCGGCGUGUCCAUCAAGCAAUUAUGUCGCAGCUUUGGCGACAUCUCGAACAUGAGCGACGGCGAUCAGGCGACCUUUGGGAAAGCGAGCCACGCGAUGGAAACCGAGGAGAAGGCGAGGUCGAUGGGCGACCUGAGAUUAUGCGAGCAGGGUUACUCGCGGUUCACCAGAGACGCGCCCGUCUUCGCCAGGGUGUCGGUCAAGGCCCUCAGGGCUUCCUACUGUAGUUUGGCAAGCUUAACGAACGAGGGUAAGGACAAGGAUCUGGCAUGCGAGAGGCCGAAGCUCGAGAAAUCGAGCUUUAACAAAUUCGACGCUCUUACCAAGAAGACAGUGCUGCACGUGCGUUCGGUCGAUGCGGGAAAAGUUCAACAGCAGCUGAAUGCCGUGGGCCAGAAUGCCGAUGCCAAUACGAAUUGUCGCAGCUGCGGCAAGGUCGUGUUCCAAAUGGAGCAGACAAAGGCCGAGGGUCUGGUCUGGCACAAGAAUUGCUUCCGGUGCGUGCAGUGCAGCAAGCAGCUCAACGUAGACAAUUAUGAGAGCCACGAGAGCACGCUCUACUGUAAGCCACACUUCAAGGAGCUCUUCCAACCGAAACCGGUCGAGGAGUCGGACCAGCCCGUGCGACCUCGAAAGCCGGAGAUGAUCAUACGAGAGAACGAGCCGAAAGAGCUGCCGCCCGAUGUGGUCAGAGCUUCCGACAAACCCGAUUUGGGACUCGAGGAACUCUCGAGCCUGAACGUCAAGUCGCGCUUCCAAGUCUUCGAGAAAGCUAGCACGGAGAACGCCAAUGAGAUCGAACGAUCGCCGUCACAGAUCGCAGUCAAGAGAUCACCCAGCAUCCUCAGCAAAUUAGCCAAAUUUCAGGCGAAAGGCAUGGACAUUGGCGUGGCGGACGAAUCUCUCAAUGGCAUACCCUACGAGGAGUCCAGCGAAAGUGAAGAUGAAGCGGAAACGGAAGAAACCGAGGAAGUAGAAACCGAAAUCGUGAAGUCAAAACGCACCACGCGCGAACGACCGAUCAGUUUUUCGAAGAUGGACGAUAUCAAGAAUCGCUGGGAGACUACCAGCCAACAGGGUAGGCGCGAGGUUCAGCGCGAGGCUAGGAAGGAAGAAAUCGCAGGAAUCCGCUCGCGAUUGUUUCUGGGUAAACAGGGUAAAAUGAAGGAGAUGUAUCAGCAGGCGGUAGCCGGAAGCGACCGCGUUACGAAGAUAAACGCGGCGGAGGAGAUCCAGCAUUCGACUACCCACGCUCGCUCCCUCAAAGAGAGAUUCGAACGGGGCGAGCCAAUCGCGGCCUCGGACGACGAAACCGACAGUAAACCGAAACCGGAGAAAGCCGACGAGGAGGUGAUCGCAGCAGGUAUCAGCAGGAAGUCGCGGUCGCUCUUUUUGGAACUGGACGCCACCGCAGCGAAAACAGCACGUCCAGUGACGCCAGUCCAUUCAAAAACGCCAACCGAAAUCCCACGACGUGCACGAGACGCGUUCAUGGCCCGUCAAGUCUCAGACGAUGUGGUACGCAGCUCAGACACGACUGAGGAGGUCCACGUAGAAACGUCGGAAAUUUCGAACAAGUUCAAAUUCUUCGAGACCUAUAAGGAACCGGAGAAACAGCGGAAACAAUUUCGCAUUACGCCGCCUCGCGACGGUCAAGUCAAGAUGAAUUCGCCGGAUCGCGAGAUUUACCGCGAUCCAGAUGUGGUCAGAGCCGACGACAGGGUGGACGAGGUAGUGCAUACGGACACUGCAAGAAAAAUGCUGUCCAUCUUCCGGCAGAUGGAGGAGAACGCGUGCAAGGAAGAACUGCCGGAGGGCCCGAAGCCGUUGAAACGCUUCACACCGCCGCCCGAGGACAAGUACGCCAAAGCGACGGCCUCGGACUCGGAUGAGGGCGAGGAUGAAGACGGCGAGGAAUCAGACGGUAACGAUAGCGCCGAGGAGAGAGAUCCCAAUUACGUCCGGUCUUCCGAUAAGGUGGAGGACGAGUUCUUGAAGCAGGCGCAGAACGCGGCGCGCGCCAAGACCCUACGUGCUAAGUUCGAACAUUGGGAGGAGACCGACGGCAAGAUCAGCAAUCAUAAUAUCGCCGAAAUGGAGAUGGCCCAGGGUACGGGCGAUCAGGCCAGCAUAGAGUCGGCGAGCAGUCUGAGGGCCCGUUUCGAGUCUCUCGGCUCGCAGGCCAACGAGUCCCCGCGCACAUCGAAGGUUAAAGUCAAUAGAUUUGUGCAGUAAAGGAAAGAGAAAGAAAAAGAGAGAAAGAGAGAGCCGGAGGAAAUUCACCUGGAAUAAUUCGAUUGCAAGGUGGAUAAGAAGAGGAGGAGAAGGAGAAUCGAUGGAGGAAGGAGAGCGCCGUUGGGACAACUGGAAAGGCAGUUUUUUUUAAUUUCGUGCAAUUUAAGCAACGGCAAUAAAAUAUUCGGUUAUCGUCGAUUAUUGUAACGACUGCGUUUUUUUAAGGGAUGGUUUUUAACAUACUCGGCGUUAUGUUCGUAUAGUAAAUCUUAGGCCGUAGACUGUAUCAUAUGUUACGUGUUAAUAUAUUAUUAUACUACGAGAGUUCGCGCGACUGUCGGAUCUGUUGAGCGUUUCGUGUCCGAUUGCCAAUUAGAGGGAAGAUAUAUGUCGGUAUAAAAGAAACAGUUCAAUUCCAGACGGAUGGCGAUAAACUGUUCGUGGCAAUAAUACACUGAGUCACGUAACAAAAAAUAUCCAAAGAAUUUAAUAUAUAUUGAUUUGCAGAUUACGGCACUAUAAAAAAAUUUUUAUCUAAAAAUCAUUAUUCUUUCAGGAAGAUCUACAUUAAGGAAUAAUAGAUUAAAUUUGACAGCUGUGAAAUUGUGUUGCACAAAUGGUUGGAAUUUUUAUUGUAAAGCAGAAAUUGUUAUACGAAAACGCUCGAUUUAUCCUUAUUAUAUACGAGUAUAUAUAUUAUAUAACACAAAGAGAACUUUAUUGUCUACUAAUUCACUUUAGAUAUAAAAAAGAUGAGCGCCCACUUUCGUGUUGUGCGUACGUAUGUCGGUAUAAUUUUAUUGUUACCAUGAAGAUUUUUUCUACCCACAUAUGUGCGACGAUGCUAAAAUCAUUGUAAAGAUGGAUUCGCUUUUAAGCGAUAAAAUUCGUAACGAUGCGCAUUUUAAUUUAAUGAUAAUUUUCUACAAUUUAACAUUGACCUCACGCCGUUAUUUGUUAAUUGAUUGAAAAUUCUAAUGUAACUAAACGAACUAGUUAAGCAUCUUUUUACUGAAAUGAUCAUGAUUUACAAACGAUUACAUUAUAAUGACUGUAGCUAAAUUUUAUAAAAAAUCUUGAAUUUUUUUCAAAUUAUAUUUUCGAUUUAAAUGGUUUUAAAUCUUUGCGACCAAACAAUCUUUACAUAAUGUGUGCCUUUGAUUUUUUAUAUAAAUAAUUUGCUUUUUAUAAUAUGUAAAUAAUAAAAACAAGAAUUUUUAUAAACAUGUUGUAAAUGUAGAAAAUGAAACUUGCAAUGUGAAUAUCAACAAUUAUUAUUUCAGGUCGUCGAUAUUAUGAGCAUAUAAUGUGCAACUAACGAAUUUGGAACUUUAUUCUCGCAUCGUUACGAUCUUCUAACAGUUUAGAUUUUUAAUUUUCAUAAGUGCCAAGUUUUUCGUUGAAUGAGAAGAGAGACAGAAUGAGAAUAGAAGUGCGAGAGGGAAAGAAAGUGCGUGAGAGUGAUGAACGAGAGGCGGAAGGCGACGCUUCCUCAAAUUUAACGUGCGACAUAAGGGUCUGACCGUGAAAUUGUCUGUGUACAGAGGAAGCAUUGGACACUGUCGAGGUGUUCAAAGGCCGACUAGCGGUUAAGAUCGUAGCUAUUUCGAUCGCUUUUACAAAUUUCGAAUCUUUUUACAGCUUAGCGCGACAUACGAUAGAUUUUUAUACUCGUGUGAAAGAAAACGGAAACAACAUGUUUCGUUCUCGUGUCGUCGCGUUCCAGCCUGCCUGCUUUCGCAUUUGUAAUUCAAACAAUGAAAAUACUUUACCAACGCGUGUUACGUAUUUGCAUCUAGACAUACGUGUAAUACUCGUAUGUAUUGUUUUACACAAAAAAUGCAUAUAUUAAUCUUAUUGUUAGUUAUAUUAUAUCCUAGAUACACGACAUUAUUUUUCCUACCGGUGGCUUUAUUAUUUCUGUUCCGUCGUGUCUAUUAUUUUUUACUUGCAUUGCAAGAUUGUGGAAAAUGUUACGUUGCUUGGUUGCAAAUUUGUAAAAAUAACAUUUUCGCUGUUAGAUACUAGGCGCAAGAACGUCGUCGACAUAGAGGCACGAUGCCACAUUUUACACUUCCAGAAAAGAAGCACAGGGAUGUGACUUCGGUAUCAGGGUAAUAACGCUGUCACGUUCCUCGAGUUUGAGUCGGAUGACUCAGUUUUUUAAAGAGAACAUUGUACGAACUUUUUAAGCGUGUAUUUAAGUGCUGUAUAAGAAGAGAUAGAGGAAAGAUCGAAAAUGUAUAUUCUCGACAGCGAAUAUUUCUCCGUCUUCCUUUUUACGUUUGUGCAAUAAUAGCUUCCGUUGCGAAUCACAAAUUACGAGUUUAUUUAAGAGAUUUAAGUGAUUAGUGUAAUUUAUAGCGGGAAGCGCUAAGCUGAUUUCGAUUUAGAGAUCUGCUCCGUUGACCGAGAUAGCGAGAAACGGAGACGGUCUCGCGUGACAAAUCCUUGUAAGUCCUUGUUAACGGCCUCUCGAAUUCUUCUGAUUUGUAUAGCGUAGAUAGUGAGAAUAUUAGUUUACUCCGUCUUUUAGCGUAUUAUUUCUAUUGAUGUAUCUUGUUCUGUUUAUCUUUCACGUGUAACAUUUAUUACGAUAAUACACAAGUGAUGAAUAAAAAC